AUUGGUAAAUUUAUGGAACCAAUCAUUGCAACGGGCUGUCUCCAUAGAUGCACAAUCCCAACUACAAAAAAAAUGAAGAUUCUUGUGAUCCUACUUUUUGUGACCGUCGCCAGUGCCGAUCUAUCCACAACACGCCAGAAUUCACUGAACGCGUUGGAAAAGCUUCGUGCAACGAUACCAGAUUUUCAGUAUGCACAAGACUCAGCAAUUUUGAAAGUUUCUGAAGCCAAACAAAAAGCUUCUGAUGCUUUGAACAGCUUCUAUCACAAGGUGUUUGAGGAGAAAACCAAAUCUCUGCAAAUUAUUUUGGAUGAGGAACAAGAAACGCUCGCCUAUGGAGAAUCAGUGCAUCCCUGGUGCUGGGACAACAACGCCUUCAUGCUCGAAGGUAUCAUGGGAUGGACAGGAAACGAUUUCAGCGAUUGUAUCAAGAUACUCGAUGAAUCGCUCAAUUCAGUAAUUGCAAAGAUCUACGGUCGCUUCCAGACCGACGAAACUGAAAUCAACAAGUACAGUUUGUUGGAGGUUUUCAAGCAGAGGAACAUUAUCAGUAAUCCUCAGUCCAUCAUCGACGCGAUUGGAACCUUGCAACACGAUAUCACUACGAGCGUUCCGGAAUUUGAUAGCGUAUUGAGUGAAUUUCAGUCGGAACUGGAAAGCAAAAAAUGCACCUAUUCCGUUUGUCUUAACAACAAGCUUGAAGCGCGUAAGCAACUGAUUGAUAGUAUUAAGGCCGAAACCGAAAGAUGUCUUGCCAAUAUGUAAUUUUUAUUCCACUGUUAGCAAUUAUAAGUAAUUUGAAUAAAUUGUUGAAAUAUUUCAUGCCAUA